UCGUUUAUGACAUAAAAAACAACAAUAUAUUUAUUGAAUUGUUUACUAUAAUAAUAAAUAAUACUAUUUAGUAUUUAGUAUUAUUAUACACCUAGUGUGUUGUUGUCUUUUAAUUUAUUAUUUUACUUGUCAAAAAUGUGUUAUUCAUAUUGACUUAGUUCGUAUGCAGUUUAUGCUGGUUAAUUAUUUAUAGUCCUGUUGGAUAUAGUAAUGUGACUGUUUUAUUCGAUAUUAUAUUUUAUGUUUAUGUUGCACUGAAUCUAAAUAUCUGCAAAAAUGACUUGGGGUUUUGUUACUUGUGGUCCCAAUGAGGCUCUUGUUAUAUCAGGAUUUUGUUAUGGUAAACCAAAUUUGGUACCUGGUGGAAGAGCAUUUGUUUGGCCCGUUAUACAAUAUUGCCAGAGAAUUUGUUUGAACACUAUGACAAUACAAGUUGAUAGUCCCAAGGUAUAUACUAUCCAAGGUGUGCCUUUAUCUGUCACUGGUAUAGCUCAGGUAAAAAUACAAGGGCAAAAUGAAGAAAUGCUUUUAACAGCGUGUGAGCAGUUUUUGGGUAAACCCAAAGAAGAGAUACAUGAAAUUGCUUUGCAUACUCUUGAAGGUCAUCAAAGAGCAAUCAUGGGUUCUAUGACUGUAGAGGAAAUUUAUAAAGAUCGUAAAAAAUUUAGCAAACAAGUAUUUGAAGUCGCUUCUUCAGAUUUAGUUAACAUGGGUAUAACGGUUGUGUCAUAUACAAUAAAAGAUAUAAGAGAUGAAGAGGGUUAUCUUAAAGCACUUGGGUUGGCAAGAACUGCGGAAGUUAAACGUGAUGCUCGUAUAGGAGAAGCAGAAGCAAAAAGAGAAACAACGAUUAAAGAAGCUAUGGCAGAAGAAGAAAGGAUGGCAGCCAAGUUGAUCAAUGAUACAGAAAUAGCAAAAGCUCAAAGAGAUUUUGAACUUAAAAAAGCAGCAUAUGAUGUAGAAAUUCAAACAAAGAAAGCUGAAGCAGAAUUAGCUUUUGAACUUCAAGCUGCAAAAACAAAGCAACGCAUAAAAGAGGAACAAAUGCAAAUUGAUGUUGUGGAAAGAACACAACAAAUUGCUGUCCAAGAACAAGAAAUUCAAAGGCGAGAACGUGAAUUAGAAGCUACCAUAAGAAGACCAGCUGAAGCUGAGAAAUUCCGAUUAGAGAAAUUGGCUCAAGCAAAUAGAACUCGAAUUAUACUGGAAGCUGAAGCUGAGGCUGAGACACUCAGACUUAAGGGAGAAGCAGAAUCAUUUGCUAUCCAAGCAAAAGCCAAAGCUGAUGCAGAACAAGCAAUGAAAAAAGCAGAAGCAUGGAGAGAAUAUAAAAAAGCUGCUAUUAUUAAUAUGGUUCUCGAAGCAUUACCAAAGCUUGCUGCUGAAGUUGCAGCUCCUUUUGAAAAUACCAAAAAAGUUACAAUGGUGGCUAGUGGUGAUGGGGAUGUUGGGGCUGUUAGAUUGACAAAUGAAAUUAUUCAAAUUGUUAAUAAAGUGCCUGAAAUGGUAACUACUUUAACUGGAGUUAAAAUAAAUGAUGUCAUGAAUAUGUAAGAAAAUGGGCUGGAAAUUCGAUCAAUUUAUUAGUAUCAUUGUUUUUUUUUUAUGCUUAUCUUUAAUUGUCUUCCAAUGCUCAUCAAGUAAAUAAAAAAUAUUAUUAUUUAUCCUUUAUAAUUAAUCAAUUGCUUAAUGUUUUACAUUAUGGUAUGCAAAAAUACCCUUUAUAUUCAUUUUCCUUAUUUCAUUACUAUAUUUUAACGAUCAAUCAUUAAUUAUUAUUUCUAUUAUUAUUAGUUUUUAACAAUUUUACAUUAUAUAUUAUUCUUCCAAUAAAACAUAGAAUUAGUUAAUUUGCUAUAAAAAAAUGUCUGAUGCUUUUUUAUUGCUUUUGAUAAAAUUUUAACAGGUUACGGUACAAAAUGUCUUACAAUUUUGUUUUGCUUAAAGCUACUAGUAAUACCAAUAAAAUAAGUUAUAAUGCAUUAAAAUUGUACAUUUUUAUAUAUUUAAAAUAAAAAAAUAUUUAAUAUUAUUUA